AAGCAGUUACUUCCAAACCGACCUUCAACCCCAUAGCUUUCGCUGCCAUUCCUUACCAUCUGUAUUCUAUUCUGCCUCUGCCUCUGCCUCUGCCUCUGCCAUCACCCAAUCCACAACCCCACGCACAUUUAUUUCACACACAGACGCAUACCCCAUUACCAAUUUGCACACAAAACAAAACCCAAUACAGCUAUACCAUAUAUCUCUCUUUCUAUUUGGAUUUUUCAACAAGGAAAGUGAAGAAAGAAAUAAAAAAAAAAACGAUAUUGAUGGGAACGGAGGGUUCAUCCGUGGAGAUAUCAGAGCCGUUGUUGGUGGAAGAGACCCAGAAGAUCAGGGCCGUUGAAGACGCUGACCACCAUCAAAUCCCUGAAUGGAAGGAGCAGAUCACGAUCAGAGGGCUAGCCGUGAGUGCUGUUUUGGGGUCCCUUUUUUGCAUAAUCACCCACAAGCUCAAUCUGACGGUUGGGAUCAUUCCGUCCCUUAAUGUGGCAGCUGGGUUGUUGGGUUUCUUCUUCGUUAAGUCAUGGACUAGCUUCUUGUCCAAGUUAGGUUUUCACGUUAAGCCCUUCACCAGGCAAGAGAACACCGUUAUUCAGACCUGUGUUGUUGCUUGCUAUGGCCUCGCAUUCAGUGGGGGAUUUGGUUCAUAUUUGCUUGCUUUGGAUGAGAGAACUUAUAAACUCAUUGGUACUGAUUAUCCGGGUAACCGGGCUGAAGAUGUUAAGAGCCCAGGCCUGUGGUGGAUGAUGGGUUUUUUGUUUAUCGUCAGCUUCCUUGGCCUUUUUAGUCUUGUUCCACUUCGUAAGGUUAUGGUCAUGGAUUAUAAGCUUACAUAUCCUAGUGGCACAGCAACUGCAAUGUUGAUAAAUAGCUUUCAUACUAAGACGGGAGCUGAACUUGCUGGGAAUCAAGUCCGUUGUCUUGGAAAAUAUUUGAGCAUAAGUUUUUUUUGGAGCUGCUUUAAGUGGUUCUUCAGUGGUAUUGGUGAUUCUUGUGGAUUUGAUAAUUUUCCCACCCUUGGCUUGAUGCUAUAUAAGAACACGUUCUAUUUUGACUUCAGUCCAACUUAUAUUGGAUGUGGUCUAAUUUGCCCACAUAUAGUCAACUGCUCAGUUCUGCUUGGGGCUAUCAUAUCGUGGGGUUUCCUUUGGCCCUUCAUUUCCCAACAUGCUGGAGAUUGGUAUCCAGCUGACCUUGGCAGCAAUGAUUUUAAAGGUCUUUAUGGAUACAAGGUCUUUAUAGCUAUUUCACUUAUCCUUGGAGAUGGUCUUUACAAUUUGGUCAAGAUAAUAGCCAUAACCAUUAAGGAAAUCUGCAACAAAGGCACCAAACAGAGCAACCUUCCUGUCACUACGGAGGUUCUAGAUGGUGAGAGUUCUAAACUACUAACGGAGCAAAAAAGAAGGGAUGAGGUAUUUCUUAAAGACAGGAUACCCUCCUGGGUUGCAGCCUCUGGAUACGUGGGUCUGGCUGCAAUAUCAACAGCGACAAUGCCACUCAUCUUUCCACCCCUCAAGUGGUAUCUGGUUCUAGGCUCAUACAUUAUUGCCCCUGCCCUUGCCUUUUGCAACUCUUAUGGCACUGGGCUCACAGAUUGGAGCUUGGCUUCAACUUACGGAAAGAUUGGUCUUUUCAUCUUUGCUUCAUUGGUUGGAACCGAUGGUGGGGUUGUAGCCGGCUUAGCAGCUUGUGGGGUUAUGAUGACCAUUGUUGCCACUGCGGCGGAUCUCAUGCAAGAUUUCAAGACUGGUUACCUCACUCUAUCUUCAGCUAAGUCGAUGUUUGUGAGCCAGCUAGUUGGAACAGCCAUGGGUUGUAUCAUUGCCCCCCUCACAUUCUGGUUGUUUUGGACUGCUUUUGAUAUUGGGUCACCUGAUGGUCCUUACAAAGCACCAUAUGCUGUAAUAUUCAGGGAAAUGGCCAUCCUAGGUGUUCAGGGCUUCUCUGAGCUCCCAAAGCAUUGCUUGGCCAUAUGUUGUGUGUUUUUUGUUGCAGCUCUGGUUAUAAACCUCCUGAGGGAUGUGACUCCCCCAAAGGUCUCCCAAUAUAUUCCAAUUCCAAUGGCUAUGGCAGUCCCCUUCUAUAUUGGAGCUUACUUUGCUAUAGACAUGUUUGUUGGGACAGUGAUAUUGUAUAUAUGGGAACGAAUUAAUCGGAAGGAUGCCGAGGACUAUGCGGGGGCUGUUGCAUCGGGUCUUAUAUGUGGUGAUGGCAUCUGGACUAUUCCAUCAGCAAUCCUCUCUAUUCUCAGAAUCAAUCCACCCAUCUGCAUGUACUUUGGGCCUUCUUCGAGUGGCUGAGCAGAAUGACCUUAUAUUCUCUGUCUAUCACAAGUUCCUUGAGCUGGAAUGUUUGUUGGAUUGUGUAAAUAUCUCUCAUGUAAUUAUCAUUGGAAUCUUUUCUUUCCAUCUCAAGCAUGGGUUUGAAUAUAUAUAUAUAUAUAUAUAUAUAUAUAUCUCUCUCUUCUGUCUCUCUACAAGAACAAAAUCAUCUCAAGCUACUACAAUCAUUCUGGCCCAGAAAUAUUGUGGCUUCCAUGUCUUUUUUAGUUAACCUUGAUAUUCAUCUCGUUGCGUCGCAUCGCAUCA